AUGUACUAUAGACUAAGCUCGCCACUAAGAGUAAUCUCUGCUAAUAGCCCAUCGUAUGUGUGGACUAGCAUUUCGGCUACAAGGGAGUUGUUGAUGCUGGGAAUUAGACAGAAGAUUCAUUCGGGUCAUGAAGUCAAGGUCUGGGAAGAUCCGUGGAUCCCAACGACCCCUACGAGACAAGCUAUCCCGGUGGCGCCAUUUAUGAUUCCCAAUAUGAGAGUGAGCGAUCUCAUUAACCAGGAAGCGAAGGAUUGGGAUGAGAGUUUGUUGGAGAACUAUGUCAAUAUGGAUGGCAUACCACUUAUAAGGAGUUUGGCCAUAAGCUCAGCUCACCGUCGAGACACUUUUUGCUGGAAUUACACAAGGAAUGGACAAUACACGGUCAAAUCGGGAUAUUGGGUUCCUCAGAAUUUAUUAAAGACAGAGGAGGAAAAGGAGAUUGUGGAGCCAAGUAUCACCAAGCUUCAAGCCUUUGCUUGGAAGUUAAAGGUGCCUAAGAAGAUAUGUCAUCUUAUAUGGGGGAUAGACAGAGAUCCUUUGGAGCUAGUCCGAUAUGCAGAAAGCGAAUAUCAAGCAUGGUUUGAGGCGAACAAGGUGGUACAACCAGUGGUACAAGACAUCAAUGCUGAGGAAUCUCAAGUCAUAAGCUUGAGUAAUAUUUGUUUGUUAGAUGGAUCUUGGACAGCUUCUGCUCAUUUUAGUGGAUGUGGAUGGGCUUGGAUGGACAGUGGUGGGAACAUUCAACUUAUGGGGCAAGGAACUUCACUCGGCGCGAAUCAGCUUUGCAUUCGGAAGUAG